AUGGGCGCAUAUAGCCUCCUUGCACAGUCCAAUUCGAAGGCCAACAGCAAGAAAAAGAAGAGACUGGAUAAAUACAUCUCCUCCGCGACUCUUGGCACUGGCAAGGCGUCGACACACCAGGAGGCGCUCGACAGGCUUGAGGACAAGGAGGUCAGACGUGUUAUCGACGGCAGGGCAGCUAGAGGCAAGCGCAAGCGACAGCAAUUACCGUUCUCGCAAGUGGAGGAUAGUGACGAUGCGGAAGACGAGGAUGAGCUUAUCGGCAUGGACGUCGACGGGGAGCCAGAGCAUGCUCCUCGCGAACAGGAAGGAUAUUCAAGGGCGAACCCGGUAGUUGUGGUCGACUCCGGGUUCUCCACGACCACAUUGCUCCCAGAGCCGCUAGAGCACUCCGGCCCGAAGGUGACUAUCAUUGGCGGGGCACUCAAGCGCCAUGAAGAUGGGUCUGUCGUCGCACCUAAAAUUGUCAAGCGAAAACCAAAGCGGGCGAAGUCUCGCAAGCUGUCAUGGGCAGUUCCAGCAAGGCCUUCCGAACCCGAGGUAGGGCCCGAGUCGGACGACUCCUUCGACAGCUCCGACUCGGCAUACGACACGCACGAGAGCGCGGAGGAUGACGAGGAUUCUGAUCAAUUUGAGGAGGAUGGCAACAACUCCGCAAAGGCCGACAGCGAUGCUUCAGAUGAGGAAGAGAUAGAAGACUCACCAGCAAAAGAACCCCCUGCUCAGAAGCGGAAAAGAGGCGGAUUCAAAGAAUGGGCCUUGAAGCAGCUGAGCUCCGUCAAGGGCUACGUCGCCUCCGUUGAGCCCGACGAGCCGCCAAUAGCACCCGAGCUGUCAGCGGAGCCCGCACCGCCGCCCAAGAAAAAGCGCAAGACUGAGUCCACACAGCCUGGCGAGAUGCGCGGCCCGCUCGGUGAGGAUCUGCAGUUACCGUCGACGUCCUUCGCGAAGCACGUGCAGGAGACCGCCCUCAGCUCGCGCGAGACUGCGAGUACGGCAAAGCGCAAGGCUGUCGCGGUCACACGCCCAUCGGAGGUCGAGGCGGCGCGCCUGCUACUCCCGAUCGUCGCGGAGGAGCAGCCGAUCAUGGAGGCGAUCUUGCUGAACAGCGUUGUGAUCAUCUGCGGAGAGACGGGCAGCGGGAAGACGACGCAGGUCCCGCAGUUCCUGUACGAGGCGGGCUUCGGGUCGCUGGACAGUGAGAAUCCGGGGAUGAUCGGUGUGACGCAGCCGCGGCGUGUCGCGGCGGUGUCGAUGGCCGCACGUGUCGCGCAUGAGCUGAACUUGCCGUCAUCGCGCGUGUCGUACCAGAUCCGUUACGACGCGUCGGUGUCGCCGUCGACGGUGAUCAAGUUCAUGACGGACGGUGUAUUGCUACGCGAGCUCGCGACGGACUUCCUGCUCGCGAAGUACUCGGUGAUAAUUAUCGACGAGGCGCACGAGCGCAGCAUGAACACAGACAUCCUGAUCGGCGUGCUCAGCCGCGUCAUCAAGCUGCGUGAGGACAUGUGGCGCGAGGGGAAGGACGGCGUGAAGCCGCUGCGCCUCAUAAUCAUGUCUGCAACGUUGCGCGUGUCCGACUUUGCGGAGAACAAGAUGCUCUUCAAAACGGCCCCACCAAUCAUCAGCGUCCCCGCGCGACAGCACCCGGUGACAGUGCACUUCAGCCGCCGCACGCCGUCGGAUUAUGUUACAGAGGCCGUCCGCAAGGCGAGCAAGAUCCACGCCCGGCUGCCGCCCGGCGGCGUCCUGAUAUUCCUGACGGGGCAGAACGAGAUCGCAGGUGUGUGCCGCAAGCUGGAGUUACGGUACGGCAAGAAGGCGCUCGAGGAGCGGCGGAAGGCCAGGCGUUCUGCGGAGGACAUUGACCUUGGCAAUGUGCAGAAGGAACAGGCCGAGCUCGCUGCCGACAUUGAUCGCGAUGGUGCCGCCGCGGAAGAGGACGCCGAAGCGCUUGACAGCGACGCUGACUCCGAUGCCGACGACGAACUGGGAAUCGACAAAGAGGAAACUGAUGUUCCUAUGCACAUUGUACCGCUCUAUGCUCUGCUACCGAGUGAGAAGCAAAUGCAGGUCUUUCGUCCACCGCCAUCAGGGACCCGACUCGUCGUGGUGUCUACUAAUGUUGCUGAGACAUCGCUGACGAUACCGGACAUCCGCUAUGUCGUCGAUUGUGGACGCGCAAAGGAGAGACGUUACGAUGUCGCCAACGGCAUACAAGCGUUCCAGGUCAGCUGGAUCUCCAAGGCUUCAGCGGCGCAACGAGCUGGACGAGCCGGACGUACGGGCCCCGGUCACUGCUAUCGGCUGUACUCUUCGGCACUCUACGAACACUACUUUGACCAGUUCUCCAAGCCGGAGAUCCUCCGCGUGCCAAUAGAAGGCGUCGUGCUACAAAUGAAGAGCAUGAAUAUUGACGCUGUCAUCAACUUCCCCUUCCCUACCCCACCGGACAGGACCAGCCUGCGUAAGGCAGAGACAAUCCUGACGCACCUCGGGGCUCUAAAGGUUCAGUCGAAGGGCUCUGUGGUCCUUGGCGGGAGCAUCACAGAGAUUGGGAAAGCGAUGUCUUUAUUCCCGCUGUCCCCUCGGUAUUCGCGAAUGCUGGUCAGCGGUCGACAGCAUGGCUGCCUUCCGUACGUGAUAGCUAUUGUAUCCGCAUUAUCUGUUGGCGACCCAUUCCUCCGUGAGGAGGCGCUUGUGGAAGGGGAGGAAGAGUCUGACGAUGAUGACGAAAGUCUUCCUCAUUUAACCACAGAAGCGGCGAAGGCAAAGGAAACUCGCAGACUACGUCGACGUGCAUUCUUCCAGUCACAACAGCUUCACGCCUCACUCGGUGACUCGAUUAGCGACAUAUUCAGGAUCCUAUCGGUCGUUGGAGCGUAUGAAUAUGCGGGUGGGGGACACAAGUUCUGCACUGACCAUUUCGUCAGGCCAAAAGCGAUGGAGGAAAUUCACAAACUCCGUGCGCAGAUCAGUAACAUCGUCCAAAGCAAUUUUCCAGAGAUGGACGCAGGAUUUGUUGCAAACCCGCCUCCGCCUACCAACCUUCAGCUAAAGGUUCUGCGACAAUUAAUUGCAGCCGGAUUCAUUGAUCAAGUGGCAAUCAGGAAAGACCUCGUUCAGCGAACGGGUUUGUUGGGAGAAAAGUACACGACCUCAAAAGGCGUCCCCUAUCAGGCCCUCGGGAUUGCGGAAGAUGUAUUCAUCCAUCCGUCGUCUGUAUUGGCCAACACACCACCUCCAGAUUACGUGGUUUUCUUGGAGGUCGUCCGUACGUCUCGUGUGUACAUCAAGGGUUUGACCACAAUCAACGUUGCCUGGCUGUCAAGUCUGGGUAAACCUCUUUGCUCAUUCUCAAAGCCACUCAAGUCAAAGGACGGACGUUCUAUGGUAAUACCACAUUUUGGACCAGCCGGGUGGGAACUGCCUCCUAUCGAAGCCAAGUGCCAGUGAAAAGCGACACAAUUCUACAUUAUAUCAUUACAUUAUUGUCUUACUGUACCAAUGGCGUGUUGUAUGCAGGAUGCAGGAAUAAAUUACCAUGGAUGCA